CUGGGCGGGGCCGGGGCUGCGCAGUCAUGAUCACUGCCGAGGCCUCGGCGGACUCCGCUGUCCCGUCGGUGCCCGGUGCUGCGGUGGCUACCGGUGUCCCGGAGCGCGAGGAGCCAGCGUGGCCCUGGAAAGAUGCCCCGAUCCGGACGCUGGUGCAGCGCAUCCACCAGUUGCAAGCUGAGCGCGCGCAGGCCUUCCGCCGGCUGGAGGAAGGCCACCUCCAGUACCAGCGAAGCGGUCCGCCCUACGACUUCCCGCGCUACCGGAGCACGGUGCACGAGGUGACCCAGGCCUUCGCCGCCGCCUCGCGGGAGGUGCUGGCGGUGGAGGCCGAGCUGGCCGGGCCCAGAGGGCAGCCGCUGCUCGCGAGCCAUGUGCGCAGCCUGCAACAGCUGGAGCAGACGCGCCUGGCCACGGUGGCUCUGCUGCAGCUGAUGGGGGCACCAGAGCUGUCUGAGCAGGAGAACACUCUGGAGAUGCGCCAGCUGAAGAUGAAGGUAAUUAAAACCAUGGAAGCGAUCAGCGAGGUUCUUCAGGACCUUAGAUUUGAUGCAGAAUCUGUCGAGUGAUGGAGGCUCCCCAGGGACACGCCGAGGGAUACAGAAAAUGGGGUGAAUGGCACCCAGCCCACCCCUGGACUGUCAGCUCACUGGGGGUCACACGCCACCGGGUUGCUGACCACCCUUGAGUUUGCUGUGACUCCCACAAUAAAGGACCUUUCAUUUC